GGACCUCUAGUCAAAUUCAUACUGUUGGACGGAGUGGAGACUCGCAAACUCUCUCUCUCUCUCUGUUAUAUCUCAGAGAAACGACGCUGCAGUUCAAGCAAGUUGUCGUCUUAGAAUGUUAAGACAUUGAAAUGUGUCUUAACAUUCUAGUUCAAUUCCUGAGCUCCAUAGUCGGCAGAGUCAAAAGGUUCUGCAACGUACCGGAAGAGACGGUCGGUCCAAGCUUCAUGAAGAAGCAACACUAUUCUAGUUUGUGUUCGCAGUCUGCGCAUUCUGUUCUAUAACAGCUGGAUUUGAGAUUUGUUCAUUCGGUCAUUCAUUUGUUCAUUCCAGCAUUGGGCCCUUUCAAGGCUGCUUUGCUCUGAAUCAUUCAUUCAUUCAUUUGUUCAUUCCAGCAUUGAGCUCUUUCAAGGCUGCUUUGAUCUGGAUCUUGACAGACGCGCAAAAUUGGAUACAUCUAACAUUGCUACCUCUUCCUACGCAAGACCACGCCAAAUUCACAACAAGCUGCAGCUGCAACUCACAUGUCGUCAUCGAGGAGUUCUAUAGAGACGGGGUUGACAGGGCCCGAAAAUAUCCGAGAUUGGAACUCCUGCGAGUCGGGAAAAGAGACUCUGAUAGUGAUUUUUUUUCAUGGGCUUGAGUUGAAUGACGGGGUGUCCACAGAGAACAAACACCUCACGACAUGGUCGUAUCAAGACGAAAAAGAGCAAUGUUGGCCAAGAACAAUGUUCAAGGAGGAUGUAGAGUUACAACAGUCGAAUAUUGUGAUCCGAGCACUGGCAGCAUCUUAUGACUCCAGCAAGUACACAACGAAUACUGAGGGGAGGGUAGACAUUUUCAACCUUGGAGAAAAUUUGGCUCAUACAAUCAUCACUGAAGUUAAAAAAAUGCAUAAACAAUCUGGUAGAAUGACCCCAGUCAUUCUAGUCGCUCACAGCAUCGGAGGCCUGGUGGUUCAAGAAAUGAUAAGCCAUGCAUUUACGAAGGUGAAGCCUCAAAUGAAUGAUGCCUCUGCUAGGCAGUUUCUGAGAAGUCUCAGCGGGAUCUUCUUCUACUCAACACCCCAAGGUUCCUUGAAGAAUGAAACUUACGAGGCAAUUUUCAGUGGUGGCAGAGGUAAAGUGACAAGUCAUGUGGCGAAACUUCAGUCAGAACACAACGUCAUUCUGAGCAGGAAACGAGGGGAGUUUGUGAAUAUUAUAGCGGCUAUAGAGAAUGAAGCGGGUUUGAGAAACCACAAGAAGAUUGAGAUCCAAUCUGUCUUUGAGAGCCUGCCCACUAAAGUGAUAACUUCAAAGGGCAAAUGGGAAGGCAUGAUUGUGGAAGAGGGCAGUAGCAGAUCACUGCAUCUUGGAAAUGACACUUACACUAACAUUAAAGCCAACCACUUCGACGUUUGUAGACCAGAAUCAGGUGAAAAAGGUUUCGGUCAAAAUCAAUAUCAGUUUCUUAAAAACUUCAUACUGAGGGUAAUGGAAUCUUAGCGUUACAUUCAUUGAUGAUUUAGAAAACAGUGGCUUUUCAUUUUCUCCUAGCUGGCAAGCUCUUGGAGCUCUUAUCCUAGUGUUAUCUU